GCGAGCAGACACACUAAGCCUACAGAUAGACAGCACAAAGGGAGACACUGCGUGCAGACCACUUAGUUUACACAGCUAUACAAGUGGAAGAAGCUAUACAUUUUCUCAUAUAUAGACACAGGCUGCAGUGUGAAGGUCAUGGGCAUGUAUGGAUCCAAGCCUCAGAAACAAGCGCAGGUCCUGAUGCUGGGCCUGGACGGAUCAGGAAAGACCACCCUGCUCUACAAACUCAAGUACAAUGAGAGCGUGGUGACCGUGCCCACUGUUGGGUUCAACGUGGAGCCGCUGGAGACAGACAGGAGCAGCCCGGGCCUGACAGUGUGGGACGUGGGUGGUCAGAGGAAGAUGAGGCCCCACUGGAGGCAUCACUACACGGAUACAGCAGGACUGGUGUUUGUGGUGGACAGCUGGGAUCAGAAGAGGCUGGACGAGGCUCGCAAGGAACUGCAUCGGGUCAUGAGGUAUGAGAGUCUCAGAGGAGUUCCUCUCAUAGUUCUUGCCAACAAACAGGACCUUCAUGGAGCUCUGAGCCCCGAGUCUCUCUGCCUGAAACUGGAGUUGAGACGAGUGUGUGAGGGCAGGGCCUGGUUCAUCCAGCCAUGUUCAGCCAUCAGCGGAGUGGGACUAGAGGAAGGUUUCAGGAGGAUCGUCUAUCUGAUGAAGACGCCACUGAAACAGACUCAAGAGGACAUAAAGGUUAAGAUGCGGUCUAAAGGCUUCAGUGUCACAGCUGUGAAACAAGUCAUACUGUGCAGGAGGUGAUGGACAAAGAUUUUUCUGAAAGAUUCAUUCUUGUGAUGAGGAUUAUUUCUCAACAUCAACAAAUGGCCUCAGUGUGGCCAAAACAAAAGGAAAAGCACAAGCACAGUCUUUUAGUUUUAAUUUCUGUGUCUGAAAGAACAUCAGGUCACUGCUAGUGAAGACAACUUGUCUUUGAAUCAUGGUUAUGACCUAUGAGGAGGCUGAUAUGAAUCUUGAAUUAUGAGGAGAACUUUAAGAAAACAGCAGAACUGAGUCGUGGCAAACACGUUCAGUCGGUGAGUUUAAAUUCAAUACAUGAUAAAGCCUCUUUUUGUUUGAUGGCUCCAAGAAGUGCUCUUUUUCAGUUGAACAUGUAUUUAUUUUUUAUUUGUGUCACUUUUAGUGAAAUAUGACAACUUGCUGUUAUGUGCCUUCUGUUUAUUACGAGUUCUUUUGUUUAUUAUGAGUGGCACUGCAAAGGUUAUCCACAAUAUGUUUAAUUGAUUCCCUUCAGCAACACUAAUCACAAAAAAUAUAAAUGUGAUUUUGAUGUAAACAUGUGCUCACAUUCAACACAUUUAAAUAAUAAAACAGUAACAUAUUUUAACCUCGUACCAUGGUACAGUAUUGUUUUGUUGACAUGAAAUAAAGUUUUUUUUUAUUUUAAAAUUGAUGAGGCUGUUAUUGUGAACUCUGUUAUAAAAUAAAUAAAUCUUUACUGAAUCAAAUGAAA